ACGUUACAUCAAACUCAAUGGAGCAUCAUAUCCAGCAUUUCUCAGGGAGGCUAAAGCGAAGUUCAGCAUACCCCCUGAGACAAACAUGUAUGUGCUGGAUGACAGUGGAACAGAGGUUGAUGAAGAGGUCUUCAGCGACAUCUUGGAGGAAAAAGCAGACAUCCUGUGGACCAUUGUUAACGUUCUUUCAGUUUCUGACUCUCCCAUCCAGUCCUCAUGCACAGACACCUUGUCACUAUCAUCACCCUCAUCGGACAGUGAUGCUUCUCUGAUGUCCCCAAAAAGACAGCGCAUUGAUGACGCCUUUGUGAUGUCCCCAAAAAGUCUACAUACUGAUGACAGUUCUUCACAAGCCAAAGAGCUUGUCAAAAGAAUUCUGGAACAAAAGCCCGGAGGGGAGAAAAUCCUUGCAAAAUAUGCAAUGACAGGAGAGAUGAAGGACCGAGCACGCCGUGAUCUCGUCAGCAUUGUUGUUGCUGAAAUGUUUGAAAAGUAUGGACGUGCUCCCCCUAUGGAUAAAAGAGCACAGUAUGCAUUGGGGAUAGUAACACUGUUCCCCUCUCUAAAAGAUCCCUACUCCAAAAAAGGCUAUGAACACUUUUUUGACAUAGACAGCAAUGAGGGCUACAUUGCCUGGAAGAUUAAAAACACUCAGCGAGAACUCAGCAAUGGCGGUACCAAUGGGGGUAGGAGAAGGAGCUCUCACACUACAGGCAGCAGCGGACCAAACUUACAGAGAGAAGUGACUAAAGUGCAGCAGUUGGAGGGAGACCAGUGUCGUGAGGCCAUAUCUCUACUGAAACACAGCACAGACAACGAACAAAUCUUCAUGAAAAUGAGAGAAACCUUCCAGCACAGGCAAAAGUUGAUCCAUGAUCCUGAGCAAUGCAGCACAGUGCUUACUGUGUUCCCAAGGUUUCUUGACACAAAAGGCCUGGUGGUGCAAGACUUUGACCUGUUGUUUGGAGCUGAGACUUCAUCAAAACUCCUUGAGAAAUGGGAUUUCCUGAAGGCCAAAGUAAUAGAGCAAGCCAAGGACAUCAGCAAGACACCCCUGCUUGAUCAUCUCAUCCAGUCUGCAGAGGAGAACACUGAUGAGGAUGACGAGGUCCCAGGUUGGGAUAGUGACAUGGCCUCACUGCUACUGCUGGUCUACCUACUGCCACCACCUCCAAGUGGAAAGAAGGGAGCUGUAAAGAUCAGUACCCGGGAAGCUAUGGACCAUGUAGUCAAAUUUCAUAAGUCAUGUCGCAGCCUUCAGGAGCACUCUGGUCCAAACCAGCGGAGGCAGCCCUACAUCCUCGCAGUUGGGACGACAAGAAAGCACAUCCACGAGUUCUACAUUGCAUUGGAUGGUGAUCUCCUUCCCUGCAAGGGCAAGUCUUCCCAGUCAGCCUUUGAUGAACUGUUCAAAGCGCAUUAUGUUUUCGGCAUCUCCUAUGACCAGGCCUUAAAUGGCAUGUACACAUUUGUGCAGACCACCAUCUACAACAUUGAUGUAGGUCAUUCUCACGAAACUCCCAGAGUCAAGGACCUAAGAGCUAAGCUCCUCAACUAAAGAGUUAUGAUGUUCAGAUGCUUUGUUUGCAAGUCUAGUUGUUGCCGUUCAAAUGUUGAUCCGUCUUGUAACAGAGGACUUUCAGACACUUUGUUUUGCAGAGCAUUUUCAUUCGACACAGGGAAAUGAUCAGAAUGUUUCCAUGCUUAAAGUUGAUAAAUUGCACUUCUUUAAGCCGUUUGAUCUGCAAACUACUUAUGGUUUUGAUAGAGAUUAUUUGUGGUUUUAGAACAUCCAUGAACAGUUAAAUAAAACAGACAUAAAAAGCA